GAUGAAAGUACGUACGGAGCGAUGGGGGAAAAGAGGAUUUAGCACGCCGGGUUUGGAUAAUGCGUGUGAGCAUCUGACACGGAAGUGAAAGGGGGACGGAGCCAGUAAACAAAGGCAUGCUUUGGGAGCGGGGCAGAGAUUAGUGUAUAUUUUCAUGUGCUGACUUUUAUUAUUUUAUCUUAUUUAGGGUGAUUUUGUAACUUUUAUCAAUUCUAACUUCUCGUUCGUAUUCUGAAAGCGAUCUCCGGCUCAGUAUUAUGGACAGUGAAAACACAAAGGGAAAAGGAAGGCGGCGCCGGGACGCCCCACGGCUGCCCUCUGUAAGUGCCGUAUAAUUUGUGCUAGGCAGAGGAAGAAAAGUUUACUCAAACAUCAUUAAUUUCGUCCUGUUUGUUUAGCAAAUUCCUUCUCUCUGAAGUUAACCCCAUGUAAAUGCCCGUGUAACUCUUUAUUUGUUUAAAUAUCUGGAAUUUCUUUCUGAAAAUGGCGACUAUCAGACACAGUAUAUCAGCUUCAGUGUCAGCGAUUAAAACGAUGUAGGUCAUACUACAUACUACAGAGUACAUUUGGCUCUGUUUCCACCAAAAGCGGCGUAACUAUAAAUUCUGGGGCCCCCACCCAAUUUGGCAUAUAAUUUAACAUAUUCAAGGACCCCUGUAAAGUGAGGCCCCCCCUGCAUCUGCUGGGGUCUCCAGGCCCCUACUGUGCUCCUGUCCACCAUAUCAACUUCAAUGUCAGUAAUUAAAACAGUGCGGGGGGGCACGUGGGGGAGCUUUGGCUCUGUUUGACCGCAGAAUGAUGCUGUACUGGCUGCUGUUUCGGUGGGGGCUCUCCCCUCUGCUGUGUCCUUAAGCCUUCAGAGGUUUCUGUGCCGUGGUAAUCCCCUGAUGGGCCAGUGUAACUCAGUGUGGAUUUAGCUCAGCAUUAAGCAGGGCCACACCCCUCACCAAAUGGGGUCAGUUCUGUCCCCAGCCCCCCCGUUCCCAGGCAGGACCGAGAAGGCAGGUGGUGAGUAGCGUGCCGUUCCCGCACCCCCAGGGCGGGUGUUUAGGGAGUUUUGGGGGUGGUGCACUUCGAGUUUCAGACACUCGAAUGGAUGAAGUUUUAAAUUAGUGAAAUGACACGGAGACAGUUUUUAACUCCCUGCUGGUCGAUACCUUGUUGUGGAAUUGGGACCAUAUAAUACUCUAAUUCAUUACUGUUAAAUCAGUGACAGUACAAGGAUUACAAUAAAUUAUGUGUAUUUCAGAGCAAAUGGUGUAGUAUUUAUUUUGUAUUUUUUUGCUUCUCUCUGGAUAAUGGUGAUGAAAUAAAUCUCCAUCUCUCAAUAAUGCAUGUAUUGAGCAGUGCAUUGUGUUUCAUGGACAUAAGUUUUGGUUCAGGUGUUGCACUGGAUCAGUGCGGUUUAAUUCAAAGACUUUGAAAAACAUCUGCCUGUUUUUUUUCCCUGUUUUAUUUUGCUGUCUUUCAGUUUAUGCCAUUGGUGUUUAAUUACUAUUGGGGUUGAAAAGUUUUGGGAAUUUUCAAAGUUAGAAACUUUCCAUGGGAAUUAAUUGGAAAGGCACAAAAAUUUGCAGGUUAGCCUAUAACAGGGAACUUAAAUGUAGUUUAAAAAAACACCUUGACUGCACUAACUGUGAUGUCAUUGUGUUACCAAGAGGUUGUAAGUUGUGCAAAAGCACUUCAAAAGAAGCAUCUGCAUUGAAAUGCACUGCUUAUAAGCAAUAUUCUGUGUUGUAUUAUUCAUACAGUUUAGCUCUGAGUUCAAUAUUUCCAAAAUUCCCCAGCUUAAUUUCCCAUGGAAAGUUUCUGUCCCUUUGCAAGCCUAAUUACCAUGCUAAGUUUCUCUGAUAUUUGGAGUGAAUUACUUUAAUACUUUAUUUCAGCUUCUUUCUGCUCCUAACUCUCUGCACAUACCACAUCAAUGAAUUUAUUCCCCUUGGUCAUUUCAGCAUGAGCCACGCGCCUUGCCCCCAUUGCCAAGCGAAGACACUGGAGGUGAGUUUGCUGAAGGAGAUCUCCAUAGUGCUCAGGGCCAGAAGCUGGUGACCUUGUCUCGUCAGACAGUGAAUAUCCUGCAGUACUUGUGUUGCAUUUUAUUACCGAGGCACCAUUCAGCUUCGGGAAGGUCACUGGUUUUCAUCCCACCUUUGUAGACAGGUAGCUAGUUGAAUUAUCUCCUGUAGACUGGAAGAGCUCCCUAAAGCCUCAUCAUCCUCGUUGUAUGACUUUUGGUUUUAUUGCACCUUUCGAUUUGCAGUUUGUCGCUUUAUUCCCUCAGACGAAAUGCCACUCGCCAAAACCCGCAGGAGGAAGCAUAAAAGGGAGGCCAAUGAAGCAGGAGAUGCCGAGGGUGGGUUAUGAAAACAGUGUAUGAACCAGGGGUGGAAAUGGAUCGAGUUACCAGUGGAAGGCAGUCUGAAAGCCAGGAGCCCCUCACUCCAGAACACCAAGAAGUCGCUCCACACAGGAGAAGGAAGAAGAAGAAGAUGCAAGCCAUUGAUGUGGAUGAAGACAACCUAGUGAAUGGGGAUGGCGAAGGGCAUCACACAGAUGGAGAGGAACUGACCCGGAAAAACAGAAAAAAGAAGAAGCCCAAAAUGGCCGAGAUGCAGUAUGUGAGUGAUCUUGACGUGCAAGAUGACGACAUUGUAACAGAUGUCCAGGCACCAGUCCCCCAGAUUUCUCUGUUUUCAGCCCCGACUGGCCAUAGCCAGCCUGUCAGCAAAGUGUUUGUGGAGAGGAGCAGACGGUUCCAGGCCGCAGACCGCUUUGACCUGGGCAGAUCCAUUGGCCAGGUGGAGGACUACAUGGAGGUCAGACCCUUGUGGAGCACCAGGGACGUGGCCAUGAAGGUGCACAGUGGAUUCAGAGUAAUAGGACUCUUCUCACAUGGGUUCUUGGCGGGUUAUGCGGUAUGGAACAUUAUCAUGGUGUACGUCCUGGCCGGCGACCAGCUCACGGCCUUGCCCAACUUUCUCCAGCAAUACCACAUGCUCGCCUACCCAUACCAGUCCCUCCUCUACCUCCUGCUGUCCAUCAGCAUCGUCUCCGCCUUCGACAGGGUGAACCUGGCUGAGGCUUCAGUGGCCCUCAGGAGCUUCCUCACUCUGGAUCCCGCAGCACUUUCCUCCUUCUUGUACUUUGCAGCACUGAUCCUCUCACUCAGCCAGCAGAUGGCCAGCGACCGCAUCAACCUCUAUACCACCGGCAAUGAGACCUUGUGGCCCCCAGGCUCCGAGCACCAAGUCCUACAGCCCUGGAUUGUGGUGAACCUAGUGGUGGCUGUACUGGUCAGUCUGGCCUGGAUCUUCAUCUCCACUAGGCAUGAUGUGGACUUCACUGAGGAAUUCUUAUUGGCAAUGGAUGUGGACGGCUGUAUAAGACAGGAAGAGAAACCAGAGGUCCUUGCCUGAAGGAGUUUCCUGUCCAGCUUUCUUCCUGCCCAUUUUAGAUAAUUUCCACCUUAUUCUAAAUACUUGCUCCUCAGCGUAUCGCUGAAACGAUAUAAAGGAUUGGCUGUUACCCAAGGUGUUUAUUCUGGUGCUUUUAAGAAACUAUUUUUGUAUCUGUAAACUGUAUAUAUGCUUUUUGUUGCACUAAGUAAAUCUCUUAAAAAAUACAGUAUUGUCCUAAUUUUUAA